UUACAGAUCAUUCUGCGGACUUCAUUCCCGAUGUCUGUGCGAGUCGGAAAGUUAGACUAGAUGUCAGACGUGCUCUCCGUAAAUUGAUAUUGCACCCUGAACUUACUUAUUCCCUAGUUCAAUUUUGGGGAUGCACGAAAACAAGGGAGGGGCGGACUUUGCUUACAACGCAAUUCCAACCUUUUGCCAUUGGCAGUGUAGGCUACAAGAGUACGAGACAUUGGCUUUGUGAGUAUAGGAUGGGGAUGCGUAGGGAGUAUAAUAAUAAGUUCUACGCAGAUGCAAAGAGUGAAGAAGAACAACUUGGGCUUCUGGGCCGUGUCUUCCUCAAUAAACUCCCCGAAUCCACUCCGUAUGUGGAGCUUUACACUCUAAAAGAGUAUCCACAACGCGACCUUGCUGUACGUUGCAAAAUAGGAGGAUCUUGGGCUGUGCCAGUUUUUGAACAUUCCAGCCACACCUGUGUUGGGGUACUUGAGUUUGUUUCUCGAUAUAAUAUGUCUAGCGAUUGGUUUGACAAACAAUUCCCGGGCUGCUUGUAUGAUAUCUUUCAGGAGUUUGGUCUGCUUUGUUUUGAUGGAUAUAAACACUACAAAAUGCAAAAUGGGGACAAGAAUAAAGCUCGUACAGCUGCCUUUCAAGAACUCGAGAUGAUAUGUGAAUCUGUUUGUAAAAUUCAUUACCUCCCUUUGGCUUUGGCAUGGGCCUCCUGCCAUUCUUGCGACAAUUUACUGCAAAGCCAAUACCAACUCGCGGAUCUGGAGUAUGUUGACUUAACCGAUUUGGAUUCGGAAGAUUUGGUUUUCUAUUCUUACCUUCGGGAUUUCGUAAACGCCAGUAAAUUUUAUCACUUAAGAAAGGGGCAGGUUAGUGGGAGGAUACUUCAAUUUCAUAACUUGUUAUACUGCUCGGACGUAAAGCAAUUUAGCAUAGCUGAGUCUCCGCUAGUACCCUAUGCCCGACUUUGCAAAUUAGAUGGUUGGUUCACAAUGUGCUUGCAAAGUAGUCACACUGGAGAUGAAUUAUACGUGCUAGAGUUCUUUUUGCAAGAAAGCGAGGAAAACGAUGAGAACAUACUAACCAAAUUGAGAUUAAUAUUGGGAACGAUGGAGGAAUAUUUCGAAACUUUUAAGCUUGCUUCUGGGCAAAAAUUUGGAGAAGAAGUAUUAUCCCUAGAAGUCAUCGACUUUCAGAAUUAUCAGAGAAGUCAUUCCAUUCACAUGAUCCCAGCUACUAGAUCUAUUCCUAGUCUUGAACUAUUAGAGGAUGGAAGUGUAAUUUUGCAGCAAGGCCAACUGGAUCAGCCUUCAAUGGAUGCCAUAAACAAUGGAAUGUAUGUCGUUACUGAAGCACAAAACGACAAUUUGCAUAGUCUUGAUUCCUUGCAAAAUGGAAAAGUGACGACGCAAGUAGAUUCAUCUAAUCAGCCGUCAAUGGAUGCUUCAAGCAAUGGACAAAAUGUCGUCAUUGCAGAACGAAACAUCUUUGUGGUUUCUAGUUCAAAAGAACAUGAAAGGAAGACGCAAGAUAGGAAACAUAAAAAAGGUGGACCUAGAAUUGACAUUCCUAAAGAGGAGAUCCUCAAAUGUACUCACAUGAACCGCGAAGAUGCUGCGGAGAAACUCAGAGUUGGCAUAUCUACAUUCAAGCGUGUUUGUAGGGGUCAUGGUAUAGAUCGGUGGCCUCCUCGCAACAUAGAAAAGAUCCAGCCCUCUCUGUCCUUGUCUGCUGAGAACCACGGACAAACCCCACAAUUAAAUUUUGAUUUCCCUUCGAAUCAAGCCUCAGGUACACAAGAUAGGAUAUAUAAAAAAGGUGGACCUAGAAUUGACAUUCCUAAAGAGGAGAUCCUCAAAUGUUCGCACAUGAACCAAAAAGAUGCUGCAGGGAAACUCGGAAUUGGCAUAUCUACUUUCAAGCGUGUCUGUAGGGGUCAUGGUAUAGAUCGGUGGCCUCCUUGCAACAUAGAAAAGAUCCAGCCCUCUCUGCCCUCGUCUGUUGAGAACCAAAGACAAACCCCACAAUUAAAUUUUGAUUUCCCUUCGAAUCAAGCCUCAAGUACUGUUGCUAACAUUAAGACAGGGUUUCAAGAUGCAGAUACGGUGACUAUCAGGGCAACAUGCGAAACGGAUACGAUAAAGUUCCGUUUGUCUUUGUCGUCUACAUUAGAGGAGCUGCAGCAACAAGUGGCUAAAAGGCUGGAACUCAAGGCUGGAACUUAUCGUAUCAAAUAUAAAGAUGAGAAAGAUGAGUUGAUUUUAAUAGCUCUUGACGUGGACUUACAAGAUUGUAUACAGUGUUUUAGAUCUCAAGGAAACAAUGACAUUUAUAUUACUUUAGAAAAAAAACUUCUAAAUAGCUUUUAAUGUGGGUUAAACUAUGUCGUUGUAAUGGAUCCACCGUGUAACAUCCCUUUAGUUCAAUUUUUGGAGGUAUAUGAGAUUGAUAUUUCAGUGCUAAUUUUU